GUGGUGUACUUUGUUAAUUAUUUUUAAUAGGUUCAAUAUAAGUGUGCAAUGUUGCGUAAGUGUAUAACGUUAGCGAUUUUAGGGUGUGCAGUCGCAGCGCCUCAGUAUCAAAUCCACCAACAGCAGGAUGAGGGCAUUCCUCCACAUCUAUUGAGGCAAUACAUCGGUGGACAACAACAAGCCCAGCACAUACCUCGUCCCGCUCAGCAGCCUGCACCAGCUCCUGCUCGACUUCCAUACAACGUACAAGCUGAGGAACAGUACCAACAAAGGCCUCAAUAUCAACCCCAGCCUCAACCUCAGCCACAACAGCAGUACAGGCCUCAACAGCAACGCGAACCUGAAGACUUUGACUCUCAUCCUUCUUACCAGUUCGGUUUUGACGUAAACGACGAUCAAUACACCAACUACCAGAACCGCCAGGAACAGAGAGAAGGUGACGUUAUCAAGGGCUCAUACUCGGUUGUUGAUAGCGAUGGCUUCAUCAGAACCGUCACUUACACCGCUGAUCCUAAAGAGGGUUUCAAGGCUGAGGUUUCCCGAAAGCCCACCGACAUCGUGGUAAAAAUUCCAACUCCCAAACCACAGACACUUCAGGCUCAGGCGCCACAGCAAAUCGCUCACCAGCCGCAAAUUGCUCACCAACAACAACAACAAAGACAACAACAAUCCCCUCAACAGCAAUACUACCGUUACGAAUAAUAAAUUAAAAAAUAAAUCAACUAAUACCACACAACGAUCAAUAGGACACGCAUUAUGUGCUCGUAAAGAGGUCCACAUGUGUGGAGUCAGUGUUAUUGUCUAUGAUUUUUAUCUACGAUUUUUAGAAGCAACAAAAAAAUCGGCAGUAUUAACUAUUCCUAUUUUGAAUGAGAUAAAUUUUAUUUCAAAUUUCAACGUCAAAUCGAACAAGUUCCUCAGCUUUAUAAGUUUAACAUAGAUACAGGCCA